CAUAACCUAGGUAGCUAGUGAAUGUGCUGUAUGGUUGGAGAGGUGAUCGUUGGAUCGUUCAAGUUAAAAGGGACUUGUUUUGCUUAAUUUGUGGCAGGGCAAGUGAACGAUAGAGUAUGGGGAGAGCUUCAAGGGAUAAGAGGGAUAUCUAUUAUCGGAAAGCAAAAGAGGAAGGUUGGCGUGCUCGAAGUGCCUUUAAACUCCUUCAGAUAGAUGAGGAAUUCAACAUCUUUGAAGGAGUGAAGCGUGUUGUAGAUUUGUGUGCUGCCCCGGGUAGCUGGAGUCAGGUUUUGAGUCGUAAGUUGUAUCUCCCAGCCAAGCUUGCGCCUGAUUCAAAUGGUGAAAAUCUUCCUCUUAUUGUUGCUAUUGAUUUGCAACCAAUGGCUCCAAUUGAAGGUGUCAUUCAGGUGCAGGGAGAUAUAACUAAUGCUCGAACAGCUGAAGUGGUCAUUAGACAUUUCGAUGGCUGCAAGGCUGACCUGGUUGUCUGUGAUGGUGCUCCUGAUGUUACUGGGCUUCACGACAUGGAUGAGUUCGUACAAUCCCAACUCAUACUUGCAGGGUUGACAAUUGUUACUCAUGUACUUAAGGAAGGAGGAAAGUUUAUUGCAAAGAUAUUUAGAGGAAAGGACACGAGCCUUCUGUAUUGUCAGCUAAAGUUAUUCUUUCCUGUAGUGACAUUUGCAAAACCAAAAAGCAGCCGCAAUUCUAGCAUUGAGGCAUUUGCAGUCUGUGAAAACUAUUCUCCUCCUGAAGGAUUCAAUCCAAAAGAUCUGCAUCGCCUUCUUGAGAAGGUUGGAAGUCCCUCAGGGGUAGAUGAUACAGAUUGUUGUAGUGGAUGGUUGGAAGGUCCUAAUAAGGUGUAUAUCCCAUUUCUAGCUUGUGGUGACCUCAGAGGUUAUGAUUCUGAUCGCUCAUAUCCACUACCUAAAGUUGAUGGGGGGACAUAUCAGAGCUUGGAUCCUGUACAACCCCCAAUCGCUCCACCUUACAAGAGAGCUCUGGAGCUAAAAAAGGCCUCCAAUCAAGGAGUUCGAGAACCUGAAAACCUCUCGUUGGAUUCUUGAUCGUGCUACACUGUUUAUUCAUAAUGUCAUUUGGAACUGUGUUUUUCGAUUAUAAAUGAUUAACGUACGUGUGAACUUUAACACUUUCUUU